UUUGAUAAGUCUCAACUCUACUGUGAGUUUUGUAAGUUUAAGGGUCAUACAAAGGACACCUGUUACAAGUUGCAUGGUUAUCCAGCUCAUUUUAAGUUCAAAAAGAAGGGAGGGCUCCUCAAAUUCAUAUGCUAACAAUGUUAUGAACACUGAGGACUAGUAUCAAUCUCACUAUUCUAAUGCUUCCAAUCAUGGCUCAGUGUCAGUCUCAGUAACACCUGCACCUAUGUCAUUCUUUAUUCAUGAGCAAUACUCCCAGAUACUGCAGAUGAUUAAAGUGAAGGAGAAUGAACCUACUGCAAAUAUUGCCAGGCUCAAUCCAGAACAAAAAGAGAAUGACAUUUUGAUUGUGCUUGUGUAUAUGGAUGAUUUACUAAUGACUAGAAUUAAUCUCAGACUGAUUCAACAAAAUAAGACAAGAUCUUCAAGCUAGGUUCAAGAUGAAGGACCUAGGUGAAUUGAAAUACUUUCUUGGUAUUGAAUUCUCCAGGUCUAAAAAAGGAAUUCAUCUGUGUCAAAGGAAGUAUGCACUUGAGUUAGUCUCGGAGUUGGGAUUGACUGAUAGCAAACCAUCUGGUACACCACUUGAGUUUAAUCACAAGAUCACAUCAGUGGAAUAUGAUACUGCAAUUCAACCUGAAGUUGCUGAAAAUGACACCUUAUUAUCAGACACAGGUGGUUACCAAAGAGUUGUAGGAAGACUACUCUACUUGACCAUGACAAGACUUGAUCUUGCAUUUGUGGUUCAAAUACUAAAUCAACAUAUGCAUGCACCCAAGGCUUCUCACAUGGAAGCUGCUAAGAGAGUAGUCAGAUAUGUCAAAGGAACUGCUGGCCUUGGAUUGUUUAUGCCUUCAUCUGGUAAUGCAAAGUUGACUGCAUAUUAUGACUCUGAUUGGGGUUCAUGUGUUGAGACCAAAAUAUAUGUGACAGGGUAUGCUGUGAAGUUUGGAGAUGCACUCAUAUCAUAGAAGUCAAAGAAACAACAGACUGUUUCCAAAAGUUCAAUGAAGCUGAGUUUAGGAGCAUGGCAUCUACUGUUCCUGAAGUGACUUGGUUGAAUGGAUUGUUUAAAGAGCUAGGCAUGAAGUUGAUGUUACCUGUAACUCUAUUUUAUGAUAGCAAGGCUGCUACACAGAUUGCAGGUUAUCCUAUUUUUCAUGAGAGAACUAAACAUAUUAACAUAGACUGUCAUUUGGUGAGAGAAAAGAUUCAAGAAGGGUUGAUAAAGACUGAACAUAUUGGCACAAAGGAGCAGCUGGCAGACUUAAUCACUAAAGCUUUGUGCAGACCACAACAUGACUAUU